AUGUCAACAGGAAUCCGUACUGCGAAGAAACUAGAGCUAACCAUAGAUUUGGUUCGAUAUCUACAAGAUGAACAAGUAGGCGAACAAGAGAUCGAUGCUCUUAAUGCACUGAAGUCGAAAAUGGUCUUGCUCUUCAAAGAUCGUCCGAGAUCGCUCUAUUGGAACGAAGCAAUGCUGCUUUCCGAAGUCGUUAACCAUGAAGAGUUCAAAGACCUCGUCUAUGGGCUUACAGUGGCCAUCAGAGACGACAAGCCGAUUGAUCAGGGCUUGCUGAGAUACUUUGCUGGUUGUCUGCGCCGGCGUCAACGCGACAUCUCUCGCCAUGACCUAGGUUUUGAAACGCUACUUGAUGGCCUAAGCGAGCGUCUCAAUCGAAUGAAUGAAAAGACUGAGCUAAAGAACAGCUAUCUUUUGACCCAGGCAAUCGGUACCUUCCUAGAUGCCAUGGUGGAUGUCAAAGUUGUGGGCAUCGACCGGGUAGCGGUGCAUGAAUCGCUUACCAAAAAGCUAAGAGCCUUGAAAAGCCAUAAAGAGCCACGCAUAGCUCAGGUGGCCGAAUACGCUCUUCAAGCUCUACAUUACUACAUACCAGAAACGAGACGCCAUGGGAGGAAGCGCUUCGCUUGA